CGAUAACUAUACAAGUCGUAUACAUUUCACAUAAUCAAUAGGAUAUUUUGAAUAGGCUUAAACUUGAAUUAUCUAUUAACAAAAGACAUGUAUUGUAAUAAAGGCAUUUUUACAUUUGUCACAAAAAGUUCCAAUUAUCUAACAUUUGUCCAGAAACGAUCCGAAUUUGUAAACUCAAAUACAGAUAUUUUACGGAUUAUUUUACGUAUGGACUAACUAAAGAUUUCUUAACUACAGAACAAAAGGAAGUUUGUUUUAAAAAAGAAGGAAUAUUCACAGUGAUGUUAAACCAAAUCAAGCGAAACCAAUACUUUGCUUCAGUUUGUAUGUGUUUAGUGCUGCUGGUAGUUUAUAUGCUUAUGACAAGUGAAUCUCCGGCGGACUUUACAAUGAUCAAGCACGGACGUGUCAUCAAAAUUGAUCGGGACGCAUUUGAACCGGAAGUUAUAGAAGACAUUAAGACUGUUGAUUCAAAAUAUCCCAGAAUUCCUCACAUCAUCCAUUUUGUUUAUAUCACAGGAGGGAAGGAAAGUAAGGGAGUUCCUUCGAAAUAUGAAAAAAAUAUCAAGUCAUUUUUACACUUUCAUCCGAAUUGGACGUACUAUUUUUGGUCGGAUGAGACAGCGCGAGCACUAAUUCUUGAACGCCACCCACUUCUUAUUUCAUUGUACGAUAGUUAUUCUAGACCAAUUGUAAAGGCAGAUGCUCUUCGAUAUGUUUUGAUGUAUGAAUUUGGGGGAGUCUAUGCAGAUCUUGACUUAGAAUGCAUGCGACCUCUUGAUCGUGCUACUAUGAAAUAUGCGUGUAUACUAUCGCCAGAACCUUUCGUACACAGUGCUGUGUGGUAUCGUCAAAAUUACUUCUUAACUAAUGCAAUUUUACUGUGCCGGAAGAAACACCCAUUCUAUCUUCAACUUAUCAAAGAAUUACCAAACUAUGCACACUUCAGUGGUUCUUUACAAUCGGCAGGAACUGUUUUCUUUACAAAUAUAUUUGAAAAAUUCAGUAAAAUUCCAUCGCAUGGUGACUUCAUUUUUAAAUUUGACAUAGAUGACGACACACCAUAUUUUUACCAAGCUAAACUAGAGUCGGCAGAAACAGAGAACGCUACUUAUGUUGUAAAUUCACAGUAUUUCAUGGACUCAAUUGAUACAGGAACACUCGCAUAUCUUAAGUUCACGACAAUGUGUGUGUUAUAUAGUUUCUGGAAUGACUUAGUAAGGCGCGGAUGUAAACUUUGGAAGAAGAAAAAGGCAAACACAGUACAAAGUCCUCAUGCAUAUAUUAAUCAUAUGUGGGUACAUAGUGGAAGCAAGUGGUUUUUCAAAUCAAAAAAGAAAAUGGUACCGAUACAUUCAAUAAUUCCACAUGUAGAACAAUAUAAAAGUAUCAGCUGAGAUGUGUGGGUUUAUGAGAUUAUUUAAUUUAUCGAUGACAGAAAACGUCAAUCCAAGCCAGAGUUGGUAGGAUUUUCUUUUGUUGGUUUGCUAGUAAAUCAAGAGAUAAUUUGGUAAUUAUAGUGACAAAAAUGGCUUUAUUGUUUUGCAAGAACACUGAAUGAUGUUAACUUAUGUAUUGUAAUGAAUUGCAGGAAAAGAUGCUUAUGUAUAUAUUCAACUCAACGACAUAAAGUCAAAUACUUGGGAGCCAGUUGUUCAAGUAAUGAUUUGGUUUUUUAUGGUUUUGACGAAACGGUUAACGAAAAUCUCUAAAUGUUUAUUCAAAAUUAAAUAAACAUGAUUCGGGCAUACGCGGAAAGGAAAUAAAUAAAAAUCAAAAGGCCAAUCGGAUUUGAUCACAUAAAAGCAAAAGAAUACGAUCUGUUGUUGUAUCGCCUUGGAAUGUGAAGAUAGAGAUAAUUAUAGUUCGUAAAAUCGCAAAUGACGAAUUUUCGGAAUUGAAUUCAUAACUUAAGGUUUCAGUGUUCAAGAAACUGAAGCUGUACUUGCUAAACGAAAAGAGGCGUACUCAAUUAUUGAUCGCCAAAAGAAACAAAUGGCAAAUUCUUUAAUUGGGCCAGACAAAAACUGUAAUCAGUCAUUGUGCCGAAGGACCGUUCCAUGAGGUUACAAGCUAGGAAGAGCAAGAGAAUGAGAAGAUGGAUAAGUAGGGAGCUUUGUUUAAACGCGAAUUUUGUUUAAAAAAAUCAGACAUUAAUAUGAAUGACAAUAUUCAGUUUUGUUCUGGUUUAUGUCAAUUAUAUAGUUUUGUCAAGAAUAUACCUCAUGAGUUAGUAAAAAAUAUAUAGGAAAAUA